CCUGAGCGGGCCAAUGGCGGAGAUGUCCACACCAGCGAUCGGCAUACAAUGACGCUAUUCCCGCCAGGCCUCCACUGAAGCUUGUUUGCUGAGGCUUUUUGCCAGCGACACUUUCUGCCGUCUCCUGCGCAAGCCGCAGGACAGACGGACAGACGGGCUGAGCUCGCACCACGCUACCUCAGGGUCUACGAGAAAGGCGGUUAGUAUGCAUGCACCUUAUCGGGCUGACGCUGCGCUGGGUUUCGAUGUUUUAUGUUUUAAACAUGGCGUGCUAUCUGGCUAGGUCGGACGGAACCAUGCCACCCCCUCUGACAAAAACAGCUUAUAUCCCUCCUCAGCUCCUUUUCUCGCCCCCGCCUUCGCCCUCACCUUUAAUUUCAACACAUCCUCGGCAUCCAACACACCAUUACAGUUCUGGAAGGAUUUCGCGUACCUUGCUGAUCUUCGCCAAGUAUUGCCAAUAUUCGGUUCACACCACAUCGUUACCUGUAUCUCUUUCUAUCACGUCCCACCCAUCCCAUCGCUGUCUGUGGCCGACGCGCAGACGCAGCGUCUGGUGGCGCAAGAAACCACCACAGCAACACUACAUACAACACACAAAAGAACUUUGGAAUAUGGGGAGCCGCAGGCAUUCUGUCUCAGGUGACCAUCACCACCGACACCACCGGUCCCACCCAGACGACUAUGGCUACGACCGCGAUAAUGCACAUGCCUCUCGCGAUGAGGGCUCCCCUCGACACAGGCAUCGGUAUGAGGACCAUGAUUCGGGCGCAUACGCGCCGAGAAGGGCUGCAGGUCGUCUCACCCGGACGAGUUCCACCCGUCGGCACUCGCCCGACAGCAGGCACCACCAAGAUGGAGGAACAAGGGGCCGGCGCCACCAUGACGACGAUGACUACUACGACCCCAGGGACAGAUACUAUCUCUCUGGCGAGGAGAGUGACGGCUGGAGGUCCAGAUCGCAACCGCGGCCUAGCGCACACCACACGAGGGAGGGCGACGACUACUUUGGCAGCCAGCAUCGCCGGUCCCAGUCUCGGAGAGAGCCAUCGAGGCGCUCGUCUCCACGGAGGUCGAGCCACAGCCGCCAUCACCGCCACGACGACGACAAGGAUCGCGAUAGUCACCAAGAGCCGCGUGGCAGGCGCGGAGCACCGCCCAUGCCUCGCCGCCAGUCGAGUUCCGCGCCGCCUCCGUCAAGCCGCAAGUACCCGCCUUCUUCGUCGCACAACCGACACAGCCGGCACGGGGGCUCCUCCUCGGCGUCAAAGUACCCGCCCAACUCGGCCGACAACCGGAAGAGGACCAGAAGCAUGAGCUUUGGCGGAGGCAGCAAGCACAAGGACAAGAACGCAGACGGUGGCCGCAGGAGGAGCGGCAGCAGAAGCGGCGACGGUGGCGCCUUUGGGGAUAUCCCGUGGUCGGCGGCGGUCCGAUGCGCCGUCGAGGCCGGAACCAUGGCGGCACUGAAAGCCAAGGACCACCCCGGUCAAUGGAUCGGCACCAAGGGGGCCCAGGUGGCCACCGCAGCCGUCGGAGCCGCCCUCGUUGACGGGUUCAUCGCCAACAGGAACCCCGGCAUCAGGGGCGGCAAAAGGCACGCGGUCCUGCGCCAGGUCACCAACGCGGCCCUGAGCAACCUAGUCAUGAACCCUGUGGGCAAGACCGCCGAGGAGAAGAAGCCGCAGAUGCACGACGCCGGCAGAAACUUUGCUCGCCACAUGGGAUCUCCUAUCCACCGCCACAGGCGCUAAUGGUGUUUUUUUUUCUGUCGCAUAUUUCCUUUUUCUUGGUUUUAUCUUAUUGCGACUGCGAUGGGUUUCACGAGGAUGAUAUCAUGGCUUUGAUGACAAGAGCUUAUGAGGAGUUUCAACCUUUAUUUGAUGUUGGAGAAUAGCAUAUAUCACCCUGCAAGGGGACAAAAAAGCAGCACUCUGGAGUUUUCUUUGGUUUACAAGCCGUAUACGAGCUCUCCCCAAAGCGCUUUACUUUGCGGUUCGUGUCCGGUUUGGAGAGGCAAAUGGUAGAGGCUGAAAGGCACGUUUCGAUAGAUCAUAGAGGCGCAUUCGCGACGGUCUGAAUGAUACUAUGUGCCCUACCAAAGAUGGGCCGUGCAGAAAGCACUGUUCCUUGCGAGGCAGGGGUGUUGAUGGGACCUC